AAAACCCCGAGAAAGCAAUUUAUAAUAGGACUUCUUACGAGUCGUGGUUAAAUUUUGGAGGUGGUGAUUUGAUAUUAAAUGGUCGGAGCGGAUCUUGUUCAAAAUGUAAUUAUGAAAAGGUGAUUUUAGAUAAGAAAAAAAUCUUUAUUGCUGAACAAGUUGAGAUAUUCAAAGUGCAGAUAUCAACAGAAUCAGUUAAGAAAAAAAGUCAAGUUAUGGAAAUUGAGAGAAAAAGCAAAAGAGCAAAAUUAAGUCGUUAA